AAGAAGAAGAAGAGGAAGAAGAAGAAGAAGAAGCUCACUGUGCUAGCUGUUAGCCUGCGUCGUCGUCAGCUACCAUUCACACGGUCUUGUUUAUGUUUUCGCUUUCACUUCAGAGACAUGCUGGACGGAUCCCCGGCUCACGACGAUGAAGCCAACAUCGGCAACGUGGAGAACAACAACCCGGUGUCGGUGCUGUCGAGCGGCGAUGGGCUGAACACGGCCAACAAAACGAGGCCGGCGCUGCUGAAGAAAGGAGGAAGGAAGCUGCGGUCGACGGCGCCGCUGCAUCACCAGAAACCCCCGAGAAACGGCCCCAACAACAUCCGCCUGUCCGACCACAACAACAACAACAACAACACCGCCCCGACGGCAGCUCAGCCCGGUACCGAGCUCCCCGCCGGUCCGCAGACCGCACUGAGCCUCCAUCAUCUCAAACAGGGAGCUAAGAGAGAGCUGCUGAACUCCAAAGGUGGCAGAUUGGAGCGAGGGACCAUGCAGCCAGGUGGCCAACCUGCCCGCAACCUGCCCAGACACGAUCAGGUCACCCAGAACGUGAUCACGCGGAGCCACAAGCCCAAGCAGGCCCAAAGCCCCGGCGCUUGUCCCGCCACAAAGAAGAAAGAUAACAGCAGCCCGAACAAGCCUUCUCCACUCCACCAGCCUCCGCUCCGAGAGCAGAAAAAGCCCCUCCACGCCUCCAACAACGCGAAGAUCUUGAACACGCCGCCCGCUGAAGCUGCACUCGAAUACCUCAAAGACGGCGAGAAGGUCUACGCCGGAGCGAAGUUCAGCGAGCCGCCCUCACCGAGUGUCCUACCCAAACCGCCCAGUCACUGGGUCGGAGAAAACGAGCCUCAGCAGAGCAACCAAAGCCGAGAGCAAAUGACUGUUCACUUGAAGUCGCUGCUGAAGGUUCAGGAUAAGUCAUGACCUCAGAUUGGAGCCGACCUAUCCGACAUCUGAUUCACACAGAACGCCAACAAAUUGGAAAAUGAGCAUUGAUUGAAAUUAAGUUUGGCCUUUAACACACUGCAAUACAAUAUAGGGAGUUUUUUUUUAUAUAUAUACUGUAGUACAAUUGACCAUAAUUCAACAUGCUGCCUGUAUUCGUGCACAUUAUUGGAGAUGUCCUGUUGUUGCUGGAGCUCCGACCAACUGUGCCGUGCGCUUAUUCUGCCUUCUUGUUGGCAGAGGAAAGAGGAAGUAAUACUUGUGUCGUGAUUGAUUCGCGAAAAUCGUAACUGUGAGGAAGUUGAGGUCGUCUCCAGCAGCGACGCGGCCGGUGUCUCAGGUUUACAUUAUGUAAAGUGAUGACGGCACUUUCUUCGCGAACACUUGUGAAAAAGGGCAGCCUCGCGUUGAUUUGAAUUUUUAAAGAGCUUUGAGUAAAUGUACAUAAUAUAUUGUGAACAUAUAUUUGUGUAUAUUUUUCCUCGUUGUUUUAACUGAGAUUCUAGUUUUGUUACUGAGGUUUUUCCUAAAAAAAGAAAAAAGAAAACAUAAAAAAUAAAAAGUCCCCUGCGAACUGAGGCACUUUGUUACAGCUUGUUCAGUGUGAGACACAGCAGACGAGAGAGAGACUUUUCUUACUGAUUCCCAUUGAAAAAUCGGGAAGGGCAGGAACAUUUUGAUGUUCCAAUUCUUGACCAGCCACUUUGAUGAAUUCACCAGCCAGCUCAGAGCGCAAGGAGAGAGGACUUCCACACCCCCGCGGUUGGUUACUUUCUAAACGGCUCCGAUAGCGGCCAGGAAUUUACCAGCUUGGUGGCUGAAGUUCCCCUCCCUUCCCCCCCUGAACACGGGUCCAGCCGGUGGAAAGCCGAGAGUGGAAUCAGGGACUGUGAGGCUGCUGAAGCCUCAGUGAAACCGAAAAGACAAGAUGACAAUGUGAAACGUCUCACAUGCAGCUGCUGCAAAAAAAGAAAGCCAGUAUCCAGACAUGAGUGCUUUUCCCUUUUCUUUUUUUUAACUCUAUUGCACUGACUCAGAGUACGUUCACAUUAAGCCGGGUACAUUUAAAACAGCAUCUUUUUUUUUCUUACCUGUUCUGCUUCAACCUGUCUGUCCACACUAAGCUGGUUUCUAAACACUGGAAAAAAAAAUCUUAAAAUGUGGUCUUGGGUGUUUCAGUGUGUAGGGGGGGACAAACUUGUGAUGUGGUAAGCCACAUCACAAGUCAUCUGUCGCUUCCAACGUUCUCUGGCCGUUAGUCGAUUGCCAGAAAGAUUAUCCGCCGAUGUUUAGAUAAUGGUUUAUGUCCAAGCAAUAAAGCCAAACGUGUGCUGGUAGCUUCGGAAAUGUGAGGAUUUGCUGCUGUUUGUCUGCACCGGAGAGCAUUAACACGUAGUAUUUAUGAGCUGUGACCAAACCAUGACUUUAUACUAGUUCCAUUAUCUGCCAACAGGUACAGAGAGAGGGAAUUUGGCUGUGUUUUUUUUUAAAUCAUCGUAAGAGGCGACAGGAAAGAGGUUUUAAGAGUGUUUGUGUCACUCCUCGCCAGUUUUUGUUUACUGAAUGAAAGGAGGACAAAGAAAGAGAGAGGAAGCUGUUCUCGUUCAGGUAUUUCAAUGUGGAGAUCUUUACCAGAAAACUUCGGUUUUACACGUAAACUGCGUUUUUUUAAAAGUUGUUCGGCUUCCUGUGGACGUAGUCUUUUAUGCUUAUUGUCUGUGUUUUUUUUUUUUGUUGUUUCUUUUUUUAAAGGGGGACUUGUUUUCACACACACCUUCACUCACAUACCACUUCUUUACCUUUUUUCAUCUCUCCAAGAUACUUUAAAGCAUGUUGAUGUAUACCAGGAGUACAGUGUGUGCUGAGUUUGGCACAGAUGAUCUUGUGAUUUACAGAAUGUACUUUUUUUAAUUAUUUGAAUUGUUUCUGUGGACGCAGGCAGCUGCUGGAUCUCGUUCCUUGACCUCUGUGAUGUCAUGUAAAUGGCAAAUUGUAUUACUGUAGCAAAAAACUGCCCAUUUUAUUGCAGUGUUUUGAAAUGAUUUCAUUCCAGUCAUGAGAAUAUGUUUAACAACACAUCUCCAUGCCACAAUUUGAAAAGAAAAAAAAUUAUUUUAUGAAGCCUUUUCAUAUCUAAAUUUAAAAUUGUAUUAAAAUAUUGAUUACCCCUAUUAAA